AUGCUCGGCUUUGCCUCCACUUGCAUCGCCAGCUGGGAAGGCAUCUUGACCUAUCUGAGCUUCGUCUUGACAGAUGGCGGCACAGCGCUGCUCUUCUGGGGCUUCAUCGCUUGCGCCAUUGGACAGACUGCCGUCUAUGCCUCCCUAGCUGAGAUGGCUUCGAUCUCACCGACCGCUGGCGGACAAUACCAUUGGGUGUCAGAAUUUGCUCCCCGACGAUACCAGAAGUUGCUGAGCUACUUGUCCGGAUGGCUCACGGCAAUCGGAUGGCAGAUGUACCUCGCAAGCGUCUGCUUCUUGGUCGGCACGAUCGUCCAGGGUCUCAUUGCUCUGAACACACCGGACUACAUCUACGAGAGAUGGCAUGGCACUCUGCUGAGUAUCGCCGUCACUUUCUUCUGCAUACCCUUCGUUACCUUUUUCGCCAGCCGAUUGCCUUGGGUCGAAGCUGGACUGCUAGUGAUCCAUAUCGUCGGCUUUUUCGCCAUAGUAGGAACGCUCUGGGGCACCACAACGCCAUCGAAUGCCAGAGCGGUGCUGCUACAAUUCUACAACGGCGGCAACUGGCCGACCACUGGCCUAAGCUCAAUGAUAGGCCUCAUUGCCCCAAUGGCAGUAUUGGUGGGCUACGAUUGCAGUGUCCACAUGAGUGAAGAAACCCAAGACGCAUCUUCUACGCUGCCAAAGGCCAUUAUGGGCUCUGUUCUUCUCAACGUCACCCUGGUCUUCAUUAUGGUUGUAACCAUCUGCUUUUGUCUCGGCAGCCCUGAGGCGGCAUUGGGUGGAGUGACGGGGUACCCAUUCAUUCAGAUGUUUUACAAUGCUACGGGUUCGUACGCCGCAGCCAACACAUUGACAGCCAUUCCAACCAUCAUGCUCGCCGGAUGCGCCUUCUCAGAAGUGGCAGCUUCGAGUCGGCAGCUUUGGAGUUUUGCUCGCGAUAAGGGCGUACCAGGAUACAGUUGGCUAUCCCUUGUAUCACCGCGCUGGAACAUCCCACUCCCCGCCGUCAUUGUAUCACUGGUCAUCUCCGCGCUGAUCAGUCUCAUCAACAUCGGCUCUUCAGUGGCUCUGCAAGCCAUCACGUCUUUUGGAGCGCUCGCAACGCUCCUGUCGUACUACUUGACCAUUGCGACCUUUGUCGGCUUCAGGAUGCGCAGCAGCAAGCUCCCAGAACGGAGGUGGUCGCUUGGAAGGUUUGGCAUGGUAUGUUUGAUCAAGAUGCCCGCAAUUGUCGCCGCGCAGCUAAUCGUCUUGACCGGCAAGCUGGUGAACGUCUUUGGUCUUGCGUUUCUCUCGCCUCUUAUCUUCUUCAUCAUGUGGCCUCUCACUCGACCCGUCACUGCCUCGACUAUGAACUGGUCUCCGGUGAUGCUCGGGGGUGUUCUCGCGAUCGCAAUGCUAUUUUACGUGUUCAAGGGGCGGCACGAAUACACUGGUCCGGUUGUAGAUGUGAAGCGGCCUGAGUUGGGGGUGUCACAUCCUCAAUAG